AUGCAGCCAAGCGACAUACGAAGAAUGCUUUCCUACACUGAAACCAAGGAAUUUUUGAAUAUCACCCUCACGCCCGAUAUUUAUUAUUACGGACCCGUGUUUUCGCACCCUGACAACUACGGUGUUGAACAUUAUGAUUGGAUUAUGGUGUCUGGGACGGUGAUCGCAUUGUGCGUAUUUUCCGGACUCUACGGAGCGACAUGCAUCACCGGGAUCAAAUUAUAUUACUACGUGAAGCGCAACACCACGAGCGGCACGGUACAACGAUUUCAGCUACAAUUGUUGUUUCUCCUUUUAGCCCAGGCGAUCUCCCCGUUCAUUUUCGAAUUCGUGCCCGUUUUUGUGGUUCUAAUUGGAGGGAGAACAGGAAUCGUCCCCCACAACUGGGGAAUAUGCGCUCCACUCUUCAUAGGAGGCUACUCCGGAUGUGACGCGAUUUUAGCUCUACUACUUUUUAAGACAUAUCGCCAGCGGACUCGGGAGAUCCUGAAGUUGCAGUGGUGGCCACGGCAUCCGAGCAAAAUCUUUCAAAGCGGCGCUGAAGAGCCGACUCCCAUGUCCGGAACUCUGAAAAGCGCUGGAGCAUCUCGU